UGAAAGCGGCUUUCCUUGACGGUUCCGGGCCACCUGUAUAAGCGGGACGUCUGGAGUGUGGAAAUUAGUAUGGAGACAUCCUUGCGGCCUUGGCAUUGCUUAGUUUCUGUGGAGAAGCUGGCGGCGGGCGCCCGUGGCUGCUGAGUUCUCGACGCUUGGAGUCCCCGGCGGCCGCAAGGCCAUGCUGGCUUGGCGCGUGGCGCGCUGCGCGUGGGGGCCCCUUCGCGUGGCCCUCCGGCCGCCGGGGGCGCGGCUCGGCAGGGGCGGCUCCCGCAGGGCCCUGCUGCCGCCCGCGGCCUGCUGUCUGGGCUGCCUGGCCGAGCGCUGGCGGCUGCGCCCGGCCGCGUUCGCCUUGCGGCUGCCCGGCGCCGGCCCGCGGAACCACUGCUCGGGCGCGGGGAAGGCGGCGACCCCGGGGCCGGCGGCCGGAGGAGGCGCUACCGCGCAGGCCCCGGGCGCCCGGUGGGUCCCGGCGAGCGCCGCCAGCUCGUAUGAAAAUCCAUGGACAAUCCCAAAUAUGUUGUCGAUGACAAGAAUUGGCUUGGCCCCUGUGUUGGGCUAUCUGAUUCUUGAAGAAGAUUUUAAUAUUGCGCUAGGUGUUUUUGCUUUAGCUGGGCUAACAGAUUUGUUGGAUGGAUUUAUUGCUCGAAACUGGGCCAAUCAAAAAUCAGCUUUGGGAAGUGCUCUUGAUCCACUUGCUGAUAAAGUUCUUAUCAGCAUCUUAUAUGUUAGCUUGACCUAUGCAGAUCUUAUUCCAGUUCCACUCACUUACAUGAUAAUUUCAAGAGAUGUAAUGUUGAUCGCUGCAGUGUUUUAUGUCAGAUACCGAACUCUGCCAACACCGCGAACACUAGCUAAGUACUUCAAUCCUUGCUAUGCUACUGCUAGAUUAAAACCCACAUUCAUCAGCAAGGUAAAUACAGCAGUCCAGUUAAUUUUGGUGGCAGCUUCUUUGGCAGCUCCAGUUUUCAAUUAUGCUGACAGCAUUUAUCUUCAGAUACUAUGGUGUUGUACAGCCUUCACUACAGCUGCGUCAGCAUACAGUUAUUAUCACUAUGGUCGGAAAACUGUUCAGGUGAUAAACGGCAAAUGAGAGGCACUCAGCUCCUGCAGCAAGGAAGCGACUCGCAUCAUCGGCAGCAGCGCCAGCGAAAGCUACAGGACUUUCCCCAUCUUGGUGUUCAGCUUGAGAAAGGACUUGUCAGACAAACCAUGUCUUCAAACCGAAGUAAUGUACAUCGAAAAUAAGCUCUAUCAUGGGCCUAUGCAGAAUUUCCAGUGUAUUUUUAAAUACAAAUAAAACUAUAAUGUAGAAUUUUUAAUCUUAGUUUUUUGAUUAAUUUGUGAGAUGAAUUAUUCUAGUUAUUGUCCUUUUUUAAAAAUUUGAAAAACAUAGUUGAUAGCGUUGAAACAGGAAAGCAAGAGGGAUUUCCUGAGAUUAGAUAUAUACCCUACACAGCGAGCCUAUGCAUUUUUAUGUUUGAAUUUUAAAUCUAUAAACACAUUAACAGUUGAUGUGGCUAAUAUUUGACCAUUUGAGAAGCUGAAAAUAAACUUAGCUGUGGGGAGGGUAGAGGUGUACAGAGCCUUAAAAUGCAGUGAGUUUAGAAAAUAAAAAAGGAAGUCGGGCAUUGGUGGCGCAUGCCUUUAAUCCCAGCACUCGGGAGGCAGAGGCAGGUGGAUCUUGUGAGUUCAAGGCCAGCCUGGUCUACAGAGUGAGUUCUAGGACAACCUUCAGAGCAGUACAGAGAAACUCUGUCUCGAUAAACCAAAAAAGAAAAAAGGUCAAAAUAAAAUAGAUGGUCUUGAAGUUCAUCAGUAGUCUUCCAGCCUCUCAGGUGCCAAAUAGUUUAUGUUUCGGGAUAAUAGACAACAUGCGAGUCAGAGUAGGAGAACAUGUAAUAAUAGGCUUUGUAUCUUAAAGGCAGAGAAUUACAUCAUGCCUUCCCACUGUUUCUAAUGUGAUGUUUGUAUGAUAUUGGAACCUGUACUCAUAUGUCAUGUAAAUAAUAUAAAACUAUAUUUUUCAGAGUUUUUUUUAACUUUGGGGGAUCUUCUGUUGUUAACUCAAUAAAAGAAUAAAAGAGCUGGAAAAA